ACUACACGCGCGUGAUGUGUCAAAAAAGGUUAUUAAAAAUAGUAUCUGUACUUGGAUGAGCCGUUAUGUAUUCGUAUUCUUUUAGACGGCUACAGUCGGCCGAACCGGACUCAUUGUUGUAUUUUGACCGCGUGUAGAAAUGAGGAAAGCGUGGGAUUGAAAAAAUUUAAAAUAAUUUGUGGACUUCACUUGCCGAUUCUGCUGUGAAGAUAGUGACCGUUCUUUCGUAUAGACCACCGUUUUCUAAGAACGUUCCACUAACUAUAUUUAGGAAAUAACGUUAUUUUUGACGUAUGAUUUUCUAUGAGACUUACUUUUUUCGAAGCUGGUCUUUUUGACAGCUGCUUCUUGAUUUAUACUCAGUUUGGCUUACCGUUUCAUAGUGAAUAGACUUAUUUCGAAAUAACAUUUGCAAAUCGAGUAAAUUUAUUGUCAAAAUAAUGCUUCGGUCCUCUGUCUCCAAUAUUUGGUCGACAUUAUCGUCUAGCAGAAUCGGUUACGCACGAAGUUUACUCUAAUGGAAAGCCGCCAGACAAUACGCACCGAAGAUGCUGUUGCUGCUGUGAAGCACUGCACCGGAGAAGACGCGAAUGAAUCCAUCCGCCAUCGCGCGCUAAAGUUGUAGCCCAUUCACUUUAUGAAAGCAUUUGUGGAAGGAUUUCGAUUUGUGAACUUACAAAAUCAAACUAAUGCAAGAAUUGAAGUCGAACUACAAGCAAGCGCGUCUCACUUACGGUGAAUGGGUCCAAUACGAGAUGGCCACAAAUCCCGACCAUCACAGGACAGUUUUGAUCAACGAUGAAGCUCACUUUUGGUUGCUUUGGUACGUUAAUAAACAAAAUUGUCGCAUUUGGAGUGAUGAUAAUCCACAAGCCAUUAUACAGACGCCGUUACAUCUUCAAAAAGUCACAGUUUGGUGUGCUCUACUAUAAGUAGAGGGAAUCAUUGGUCUACCAUGCUAUAUCGCUUCAAAACGCUAAGAGUCGUGAUUCAUGAGUUCAUCGUCCUUGAGAAUGUUAAUGUAUAGGUUGGUUGGUUCCAACUAAAAGUCAAAAGUAGUCGACAAUUGGGCCACUCGGCUGGAAUUGCCCGAAAUUAUUUUAAAAAAAUGGCAAACCCUUAUCUUGAGAACAAAGCUCAAUUCUUGGCCGUAACAUUAAAUGAUAUGGCUUUUAUUUCUACUUGAUAACCACAUGUCUAAAACAACAACAAUCUUCAUUUUCACAUAUCACUCGAUAUUUUUUUGGCGUAAAGGCCUGCCUAUACCAACUACAAUUCAUUAGUAUUUUAAACAGUGUCAAUGUACCUGACUUUCUUUUGUGUACCUUUUCCAUGACUUAUUACAACAUACAAAAUUUGGCACGUGUUCUUUUUUAUUUCAUCAACUUAAAAAAUGUUUUGCUGCUUGUUAGAAGUCUGGCAGAUUAUCGCAGGGUCAUUAGCAGCAACAAUGGCGCUUUCAAAGAAAUUAUAUAUGCGAAGAAAUGAUAUAUAAAAUAUUCUUGGCAUGCUAUUUGAAAUAUAGUAUAGUAUACCGUCAGGCAUGUGGCAAUGCAUAUACAUACAUACAUUUAAUAUGCAUGCAUAUGUAUAUAGCAGAUGUACAGAAGUCGAUAUGUAUGUAGGUAUGCAAUUAAAUUCAUACAAAAGUGGGUGAAUGCGCUGUGUCGCUGCCAAUUUCUCGCGUUCGUUAACUCAUUUAAAUGCUGGCAUUGCCAAUUAUAAUGAUAUUUUAAUAGGUGAAAGAUUAUUAUCAAAUAUAACACCCCUGCAGGAAAAUUAUGUACUAGCAAUAUGAACAUCCAGAACAUAACGGCGAAUUAUUGAAAAUGUUAAAAAAAAAUGUAUGGGAAAGACUUAAAAUUCGUAAUUGAUCAAGAUGUUUAGAAAAAAAUAACGGGAAUUUUCGAAAUAAAUAGUUAUUCUUUCGUCUACUUUAAUGUUUCCACCUUCAAAAUAGUUCGCAUUCGAUAUUAUCCACUUAUGUCAGAACAUAUUCCAAUAGCCUUCUCAAAAUUUAUGGGAUAUAAGAGAUUAUCCAAGUAGAGGUACUUUUUUCAAUAGCUUUUUUUUGACGGUAGAGUUGAUUCGACGCUGUUCGCAGCAACUCGGAUUGACGUACGGAACGUCUUCGCGCAUUUUACGGCGAGAUCUUAAAUUGAAAACGUACAAAAUACAGCUUGUGCAAGGAGUGAAGCCGCUCGAUCUCCCCAAGCGACAUCGAUUCGCUCUAUGGGCUUUAUGGACAGCGAUUAUGGCCAUUUCUGGCUCAAAAGGGUCUCCGACGAUUCCUUCUGUGUGUUACAAACUUCGUGACAAACUUAAUAUACACUGUUCAGGGUAUAACAAAUGCUAAAUGAGUUUCUCGCCUUUCUUGGCUGAAUAAUUGCCAAGAGGACAACACGUGUCAUUUCAAGACAAGCAAUAAAUGCAGAGGAAACAUAUUUAUGUUAUUUAUAUACAGUCAUAUAUUGUAUAGAGGCCUAUCGGUUCAUGGAAUAUAUGGAAGUGAACUCUGCAGAAAAGAGCAGGAUUGCGUCACGAUCAGAUUAUUGUGCGCAGUCCGACUGCACUGGAAGCGCUGGCGCACAAAAACAAAGUGUCAACAAGUAGAGCAAUUCAGUUGAUCUUCAUCAUUCAUUGCUUUGAUUCGACGUGUUAAUGUCAUACAAAUCGCGAAGUAACAUUUAGGAAAUGUUAACGGAAAUACUUUUAUGCAUUUGUACUGUGUUCUCUCUUUACUUAUCCUAUCGCUAUGCUGUUGGCCGUCCCGAAGGAUUUCCGCCGGGUCCGCCGCGCAUACCGCUCUUUGGCAGUUAUUUAUUCAUGAUGCUGGCUAAUAAGAAAUACUUGCAUAAAGGUGUUUUGAAGUUCACCAAGUGGUACAAGUCUGAUAUCGUGGGUUUUCAUGUCGGCAGCUUUCCUGUUGUGGCCGUGCAUAAUUACGAGGGCGUCAGGGAAGUUUUGAAUAGGAGAGAAUUUGAUGGACGUCCAGAAAUAUUUUUAGCAGCGAUGCGUGCACCGAAGGAUGAAUUGUUGGGCAUCUUCUUCCGUGAUGGUCCAGUAUGGAAAGAACAGCGCCGUUUCAUUUUACGCUAUCUUCGUGAUUUCGGUUUUGGUCGACGCUACGCUGAACUUGAAUCAGUCAUUCAAGAGGAGAUAACUGAUCUUUUAGAUCUUAUUCGAAAUGGUCCACGUUAUACACAUGAACGAGAAAUAUCAAAGCCCGGCGGCUAUAGAGUUUGUGUGCCAAAUCUAUUUAGCCCGUUUACAUACAACUCUUUCUUUCACAUCAUGAUGAAUGAGCGACGGCCACGUUCAGAGCAGGGCGAGGUAUUGCAUUUGAUUAAAAUGGGUAUGCAAUUUCAGCGCAACGGUGAUGAUUAUGGAAAAAUGCUAUCUGUAAUACCAUGGAUUCGCUAUGUAUUUCCCAAAUGGAGUGCCUAUGAUGUUUUGACGGAGGCGAAUACAUUUCUUUAUGAGUAUUUCGAAAAAAUUGUAGAUGAACAUAUUGCCACAUAUGAUGAGUGUAGUGAGCGAAAUUUUCUCGAUUUAUAUAUUAAACAAAUGAAGCUCGAGCAUGCGGAGCAGCAAGUGGAUGUUUAUUAUCGCACUCAAUUCAUAAUGGGUUUGAUAGAUUUUGCUUUCCCUGCGUUUACAGCGCUUGGCGUACAAAUGACAUUUUUGCUACAACACCUUCUUCUUCAACCGGAAGUGAUGAAACGUAUACAAACGGAAAUAGAUGAGGUUGUAGGUAGAGGGCGUUUGCCCACACUUGAGGAUAGAAAGAAUUUACACUUUACAGAAGCUGCUGUUCGUGAGGGCUUGAGAAUUGAGACGUUAGUGCCAUCAGAUGUACCACACAAAGCAUUGGUGGACACGGAGCUAAUGGGCUACAAGAUACCAAAGGAUACCAUUGUUGUACCUAGCUUGUAUGCUUUCCAUGCUGAUGAACGCACCUGGGGUGAUCCACAAACAUUUAGACCGGAUCGCUUUCUGGAUGAAAACGGAAAGCUCUCGCUGAAGAAGGAUGUGUCACUUCCUUUCGGCGCUGGAAAACGUCUUUGCGCGGGAGAAACAUUUGCACGAAAUAUGCUAUUUCUUUUGACUGCAUCACUUUGUCAAAAUUUCAAUUUUACUUUAGGUCCGGAGGACUCGUUGCCAGAUUUAUCGAAAAAUUUUAACGGUUUAAUUACAACUCCCUAUGAUUUCUGGUUGCAAUUAGAAGAAAGAAACUGAUUUUUAAUUUUCUUUUCUAUGAAUAUUUUUGUGUUUAUGUAAAAUGAUGAAAGUAAUAAUAAUAAACGAAAAUACAUAAAUACAACGGAAAA